AUGCUCCAUACUCGACUUCGCCCUCUUCCCCGUGUUGCGGGCCAUCCUAGCGCUUCUUCCCUUUCUGGCGCAACGCCGGGCUGCGAUGAGGAAUUCGAUGAGGAUCCAGAGGACCUCUUUGCCUCAUUCAUCCAAAUACCACACCUCUUUCCUGACGACAUCCCUCACAUCCACGGAGACUCUGGUCAACACCUCAUCUACUCUUCCCCACGAUAUGGAGAUAUACAGAUAAUGGUCCCGUCCUACCCGGGUCAAAAGGAAGACCGGAAACUGCAGGCGCAUUUUCUCUGGAGUUCGGGUAUGGUUGUUGCGGAGGGGAUUGAGCACGCCGAUUCGGAGAGCAAUUCUGGCGAUGAAGAGCUGGAGAUGUGGAAGGUACGAGGGGAGAAAGUAUUGGAAUUAGGCGCUGGCGCCGCACUCCCAUCUAUAACAGCCGCGCUAGCAAAGGCGUCGGCAGUAACAAUCACAGACCAUCCAUCAUCCACAGCGCUAGGACCAUCAGGUGCAAUAUCCUUCAACGUCAAGUGUAAUCUUUCUCGCCCAGAAUGCGGCGCCGAAAUUGACAUCAGGCCACAUGAAUGGGGAACAACUCUCACCUCCGAUCCCUGGGCUGUCUCCAAUAAGGGCCUCUACACACGCAUUAUAGCCGCAGAUUGCUACUGGAUGAGCUCUCAGCACAAGAACCUUGUGCGCACAAUGAAGUGGUUCCUUGCGCCAACGGGAAAGGUCUGCGUUGUUGCGGGGUUUCAUACAGGAAGAGCGAUUGUGGCGGAAUUUUUUCAGACGGCGGUGAAAAUGGGGUUAGAGGUCGAGAAGAUCUAUGAGCGGGACUUGAACUCGAGUUUGGAAGAGGGCGAACUGAGGAGGGAGUGGGUUAAUGAAAGAGAGGGCGAGGGCGUGGAGAAUAGGAGGAGGUGGUGCGUCAUUGCUGUCUUGAAGCAUGCCUCUUCCCCUUCUUCUACCUAG